CCACAAUUUCGCUUGCACACACGGUUGUCGCUUGACCACGAGAAAUAGCGAGCGGCCAUAGCCACGCACCGAGCCAACAUGCGGUCAUCGAUAUUCCUGGGACUGAUGGUCCUCGCCGUUUCGGCGGUCACCUGCAGAGAAACCCGCGGCGAGAAACGGCAAUUCCGAGUGCAGCUGAAGGGUAAACGAGGUGUCAACGACUAUUCCGGCGGCUACUCGUCCAGCGGCGGCGGCGGCGGCGGAGGAGGAGGAGGAUCGUCCUACAGCUCGCCGCUCAUCAGCUCCGGAUAUUCCGGCGGAGGGUCCUUCGGAGGAUAUUCCUUGGGCCAGUCGGCAGGUAUUCAGAGCUUGCAAGGACUUGGAGGCUCCCUGGGACACGGAUACUCCUUGGGAUCGUCCGGAGGACUUAGCCUGAGCUCCGGCCUCGGCCACGGCCUCCAGGGCUUGUCCUUGGGCGGACAGCACGGCCAGGCAUCGUAUUCCGCUCCCAGCUAUUCCUCCGGCGGCGGCGGAGGCGGGGGCAUCGCGAUAUUCACCCCGGCAUCGAAGAACGGACCGGUCACCUUCGGAGCAGCGGCUGCAGGCGCGGGUGGUUCCGGUUAUUCGACACCAGCCUACGCGACGGGAGUUCAAGGACUGUCGUCUUACAGCGGAGGCGGAUCCUCCGGCGGAAUCAGUCUCCAGUCGAUGCUGGGUUCCCACGGGUCGUCCUACAGCCUGCCGGCGUCUCUGUCCUCCUCCCUGGGAGGCUCCUCGGGGCUGUCUUUGCAGUCGUACUCUCCCGGAUCGUCGCAUGCCGUCAGCGGAGGCUUGGUAGUAGACUCGAGCUCGCUCGGCAAAGGUUCCUCCGGGUCCAGCGGCGCGUCCAGCGGCGGUUACACCAUCCCAGUAUCAUCAGGAUCCCACGGCGCUUCGGCUAGCUACUCCCUGCCGACGUCUUCGGGGUCUUCAGGAGGCCAUUUGAGCCUGGCCGGCAGCUCCGACGGAGCCAGUUAUUCCCUGCCGUCGUCGUCCGGCUCGUCUUCUUACUCGUCCGGAGGCAGCUCUAGCUACUCCAGCCCCAGCGUCACCUACUCUGCUCCCAGCUCCAGUUACUCGAGCCCUUACAGCGGCGCCUCGAGCUACCCGAGCCAGACCGUCACCUACGCCACUGGCGGGUCUAGCGGCGGCUAUUCCGGGCCCACGGUAACCUACUCCGGGUCCGCGUCCAGUUACUCCAAUCCUAUUUCCAGUUAUUCCGGUUCCGGUUCCAGUUACCCCAGUCCUAGUUCCAGUUACUCCGGCUCGUCCGCCGGCUAUUCCGCCGGCUAUUCAGCCCCGAGCACGUCGUACAGCUCCUCGUCCGGCGAAUCCCAGGGAUCCUACUCGAGCCUGAUCCCGAGAUACGUCGGGUACUCGGCCGCGAAGAGCUACGACGGGCCGAGCUCUUCCGGCAACAAAUACGACACAAUCUCGUACUCGAGUCCUAGCGGGAAAUAUUGAAUUCUGGACGACGUACGCGAGAGACAUCGUUUGCUUGCUCCGCGACUCCUCAAAGGUACGACGAUCCGGACACCGUGAAUACCAUACGAGCGCGUCGGACGCGCUCUCGAGCGGACCGAUUUAGCGAGGAUCGAUUUAGCUGCGAACGGUCUCUCCAUAGCCCGAUGGACAGUGUACUCUAGGUUACAAUGAUGUUACUAGCCUAAUUAUUACGUAUUUAAGAACAUCGUUUCAUAUUUAUAUUUUCUGUUACACUCGCUUCGCAGUUCCGUUGCAUAUGCUCCCGUUAGCAUCGACAUUGUGAUGUGUGUCACAACAUAGCUUUAUAUUGUUUUUUUUUAUACUGUAAUAAAGUGAUUCUUCUUUUUGUAA